AUGGCGUCCCUCAAACUUGCCCUUGUUGGCCUGCUUGGCGCUGCUGCCGUGAAUGCUGCUCCUGUCAUCGCCCCGGAGGCUGAUGUUCUUGGAAAUGCUCUCCUUCCCCGUGCUUCUUGUACCUUCUCCGGCUCCAGUGGUGCUGCCAAUGCCAUCAAGAACAAGAAGUCUUGCUCGACCAUCACUCUCAACAACGUCGCUGUCCCAGCCGGAACCACUCUGGACCUGACAGGACUUAACAAAGGCACCACUGUCGUCUUCGAAGGAAGCACCACUUUCGGAUACAAGGAGUGGGAAGGUCCCCUCGUCUCCGUUUCCGGAACCUCCAUCACCGUCAAGGGUGCUUCCGGCGCAGUUCUCAACGGUGAUGGUGCUCGCUGGUGGGACGGAAAGGGAACCAACGGCGGCAAGACCAAGCCCAAGUUCUUCUACGCUCACAGCCUGACCAGCUCCACCAUUGAGAACAUCUACAUCAAGAACUCACCCGUGCAGGUCUUCAGCAUCAACGGCGCCAAGGAGCUCACCCUCACCGGAGUCACUGUCGACAACACCGAUGGCGACAGCAAGGGUGGCCACAACACCGACGCUUUCGACGUUGGUUCCAGCAACGGUGUCUACAUCACCAACCCUACCGUCCACAAUCAGGACGACUGCUUGGCUGUCAACUCCGGCACCAACGUCCACUUCACCGGCGCCAAGUGCACUGGUGGCCACGGUAUCUCCAUCGGUUCUGUCGGCGGCCGCUCCGAUAAUGCCGUCAACGGUGUGACCAUCGAGAACUGCAACAUCAGCAACUCCCAGAACGGUGUCCGCAUCAAGACCGUCUAUGGUGCCACCGGCUCCGUCAAGGGCGUUACUUACAAGGACAUCACCCUCUCCGGAAUCACCAAGUACGGAGUCGUCAUCGAGCAGGACUAUAAGAACGGCAGCCCUACCGGAAUCCCCACCAGCGGCGUCCCCAUCACCGGUCUGACCAUGAGCAACGUCAAGGGUUCCGUAUCCAGCAGCGCUACUGAUGUCUACAUCCUGUGUGCCUCCGGUGCUUGCUCCAACUGGUCUUGGAGCGGUGUCAGCGUCUCCGGUGGUAAGAAGAGCAGUAAGUGCAAGGGUCUCCCCAGCGGUGCUUCUUGCUAA